GGAACCACAUAGAGCAAUCUGAUUGAGUGUCAGGUUAAUGGAGUUUGGAAGCCAAAGAUUGAUCACUUCUGCAGCUGCUGCAAUUCUCAUUUUCCUCUGUUUCCAUGGCUUCUGCUACUCCCUGAAACCUCCGGCGUUCGGCUUUGUGAAGUGCGCGAUCGAUGCUCCCCCGGUGUCCUACCACGACUACAUCAUCGUCGGCGGCGGGACGGCCGGCUGCCCCCUGGCCGCCACCCUGUCGGAGAGGUUUGAUGUGCUGGUGCUGGAACGAGGUGGCUCCCCGUACGGCAACCCCAACGUUUCCAACCUCGCCUCCUUCGUCCAGAAUCUGGCCGACCUCUCGCCGACCUCCCCGGCUCAGCGCUUCGUCUCUGAGGACGGCGUUGUCAAUGCACGAGCUCGCUGCCUCGGCGGCGGGACCUGCAUCAACGCCGGGUUCUUCUCCCGCGCCAGUAGCGGGGAGGUGACGGAGAUGGGAUUGAACCCGGAGCUGGCCAACGAGUCGUUCCGUUGGGUGGAGAGAGAGGUGGCAUUCUGGCCUCAGCUCACGGAGUGGACUUCGGCCUUCAGGGAGGGUCUUCUGGCGGCCGGAGUCACCCCUGAUAACGGAUUGACUUACGAGCACUUGGAAGGCACCAAGGUCGGCGGUACGACGUUCGACCCAAUGGGCCACCGCCACACCGCAGCCGAUCUGCUCAAGUACGCCAAUCCCGCCAAGAUCAAUGUCCUCUUACGCGCCACUGCACAGAGGAUCCUGUUCAGGAAAGGUACUGGCCGGCAUAAGCGGCCGGAGGCGUACGGCGUGGUGUACAAGGACGAAGCAGGAACCGUGCACGAGGCGCACCUCAGGGAGGGCUCCGCCGGAGCCGUCAUACUGUCGGCCGGCGCUCUCGGCAGCCCACAGUUGCUCAUGUUGAGCGGCGUCGGCCCCGCAGACCACCUCAUGUCCUUGGGCAUCGACGUGGUCCUGGAUCAGCCGAUGGUCGGAUAUGACAUUGCCGACAACCCGUUGAACCUCAUCGCCGUGCCUUCUCCGGAGCCACUCCCGAUAACUUCGGUACAAGUCGUCGGAAUCCGGCCAGGCUACUACGUAGAAUCCUUGACGGGCUUCAACUUGGUUGCGGCUCUUCAGGGAGCCAAAUCCUCACAGAUUCCUGAAUCAUCACGUCCCCAAAUCUCUAACCAAGGAAUCCAAAACAGCUACUCAUUUCAAGGCGGCAUAAUAGCAGAGAAGCUGGCGAAGCCUCUGUCACGAGGAUAUCUUCGUCUCAAAACACUCGACCCAGAGGACAAUCCAUCAGUUACCUACAACUACUUCAUGAAACCUGAGGAUCUUGGAACUUGCUUGGAGGCCAUGCAGACGAUCAUGAAAGCCAUCGACACCAAAGGGUUGUCCAAAUUCAGGUACCCAAAUCAGUCAGCGGAGGAUUUGCUGGCUCUCACGGCGAGCACAGUCGUGAACAACAGAGUAAGAACUGCACAGGAUUCCACUUCGCUGGAGCAAUACUGCAGGGACCUUGUGCUCACCAUUUGGCAUUAUCAUGGCGGCUGUGAAGUAGGGAAGGUGGUCGACGACGAGUACAGAGUGAUCGGCGUGGACGGGCUAAGGGUGAUUGAUGGAUCCACCUUCAGUUUCUCACCGGGAACUAAUCCACAAGCUACUGUCAUGAUGCUGGGAAGGUACAUGGGAGUUCGGAUCAAAGAUGAAGGGGAUUAAGGUCAUUGAUUUGUAAACACAUUAUAUGUAUACACUUGCAGUUUUUAGAACCUUAUUGGACUUAUUUUGGGUGUGUGACAAAUAAAUAAAUAAAUAAAACAUUUAUUUUGCACUAUUUAACUA